CACUGUUGGCUCAUAUUCAGCUUGCAACCUGCAACAAUUCCAAGAUCCUUCUCAUUUGUGGAUGAUGGCCGAAGGAGCGUGACGAGAGAGUAGCGGGACCAGGCCAUGGCAGUCUUUGACACCCCGCAGGAGGCCUUUGGGGUCUUGCGCCCUGUUUGCGUCCAGCUGACCAAAGCACCCACGGUGGAGAACGUGGAGCUCCUCCACUCCCAGCUGCAGGCGGUCAGUGACUCGGCCCUGCAGGAGCUUCAGGAGUACGUCCUCUUCCCGUUGAGAUUCACCCUCAAGACACCGGGGCCAAAGCGAGAGCGUGUGGUCCAGAGCGUGGUGCAGUGCGUGACCUUCGUGCUCUCCGCCACGUGCGUGAAGAAGCCGGACCUCCUCCUGGAGCUGUUCUCGGAGCUCAGCGUGUGCCUGGCCUCUCCCUCCAACCCGCAGCAGCUGGCCCCGUUGUCGGAAGAAUUAAAGCAGGCCGUGACCCAGGCGCUUCUUGCUUUGCUGCAUUCAGCUUACGGGGAUGUGAUCGGGUCUCUUUAUCAGCCCUCCACCCUUCCCCACCUGGGCUUUGCAGUGUCCUUGCUUUUGUCUCUAGCGGAGCAGGAGAAAGCCAAGCAAAUCAAGAUCGCGGCCUUAAGGUGUCUGCAGGCGCUCCUUUUGCAGUGCGAUUGCCAGGAAUAUCACAGGCCCCUGGACGAGGAAGAAAUGCACCGAUGCGGGGAUUUGUUUGCCUCUUUCCUCCCCGGAAUCUCUAUCGCCCUCUCCCACAUCAUCACCGGAGACGUGAAGCAAAGCCACGCGGUCGUUGUCUCAGCCGUCAAGCUCUUCUCCCGAGCUGUGAGUGUGGUGAUGGCGGAUGAGCAACUGGCACGGGUCCCACCGGAGAGGGAGAAGGCCGCCCGGGGGCGAAGCAGAGCAGCGGAACUCCGGGUCCACAGGGGGCAGGACUGGGCCAAAAGCACUGCAGCUAAGCUCUCCGUCCUUAUCAAGAAGGUGGUUGACUCCGUCUCUGUUCACCCUCACUGGAAGGCGCGGCAGGAGCUAGUAGAAGCGGCCCAGCUCCUGAUGACGAAAUGCAGCCGGUCUUUGGCGGAAUCGCUUGGCCAACUUUUAAAAGCCUUGGUGGGCCUAGUUAACGACGAGAGGCCCGAGAUCCAAAUCCGGAGUCAUGAGGUCCUGAGGAGCCUCGCAGCGCAGGGAAUCCUGGCUGAGCACAGACGUCUCGCUGACAUCCUGUCGGAGGACCUUCACUCCCUUGCCACGGCCCUCCCUCGCCUGAUGAACGCCCAGGAUGACCAGGGCAAGGUCGCUACUUUAAACUUGCUCCUGGGAUACCUGAAGCUGUUGGGCCCCAAGGUGAAUGUGGUCCUCCGCUCCGCGCCCCAUCUCCAGCGCCUCUCCAAGGCCCUCAUGCAAGUCCUAGAGCUGGAGGUGAAGGACGUGAAGGUUGUGGAAGAAAGGCGCUUGGGCUCCGGAGGGCUGGUGGAGGCUUCGGGGCCUUUGCUGGGACUCUCUCGCCCGGGCCGCAUCCAGGCAAAGUCCUUCCGGUUCUUCACAGACGAUCGGGUUUUCUUCCUGCUGCAGCAGAUUUGCCAGGCUCUUGGCUACUACGGGAACCUCUAUUUGCUGGUGGACCAUUUCAUGGAGCUAUACGGAGAGUCUGCGUUGUACCGGAAGCAGGCUGCUCUGGUUGUUAAUGAACUGAUCGUCGGGGCUACGGGGCUGGAUGGGGACGUCCUUCUUGAACGGGAAACUGCCCUGAGCGCUGAAGAUCUUAGAGGCGUUGUGAGUUCCGUCUUGGAGGAGUACGUGGACCAGGCCAACUGGCAUUUGGUCACCAGCACGGAGGCCGAAGAGCCUGCUGUUGAGCCAGCGCUGAACUACGCCGGGCUUCUUGCUGUUCCAUCCGGAGCGUCCAGCCAGUCCCUCCCUUCCUUGGAUUCAAGGCCCACGGUCCACACCAUGAACAGCAACAUCUGGCAAAUUUGCAUCCAGUUGGAAGGGAUUGGCUGCUUUGCCUAUGCACUCAAGGAAGACUUCCGUUUGCUGUUAAUCUCCGCUUUAUACCCUGUUCUAGAAAAGGCAGGCGACGACACGCUACUUAUCAGCCAGACGGCGCAGGGGACGAUGUUGGGCAUCUGCCAGGCCUGUGCGUACAACUCGGUCCCUGACCUCAUCAACCAGAACGCCGACUACCUGGUGAAUGGGAUUUCCUUGCACCUGCGCCACCUGGCGCACGAGCCCCACGCCUCGCGGGUCCUGGAAGCCAUGCUCCGGCACUCGGACGCCAACGUGCUGCCGCUGGUGGAGGACGUCAUUCAAGACAUUCUGGCCAGGCUUGACCGGUGUCACAGCGACCGAGUGGCUUCGUUCCUCGGGGUCAUGCACACGCUGAUGACGACACGAGCUUGCCGGUUCAUCAGGCAGCCCCAGACGGAGAAGGAUUUGGAGCGGGGAAGCGGCCCUUUGAGGGGGGCACCCUGGCAGCCGGAGAAUCGGCCUCCUCCGCUGCCCACCUCGGAGGAGAUGGAGGACUUCUUCUUGGACUACGUUAAGCAGAAGCGGAUCGCCGAGGGGGAUCUCGCGGAAGCAGAAGAAGAACAGCUGACUGCUUCGGAGCCUGAAUCCAGCGAGCCGACCCUGGAGGCGGAGAGCCCGCUGCCCCCGGACGCCCAGACGGCCAAGGAGGUGAUGGAGAGAUGUGUCCACUUGCUCUCCGACAAGAGUCUUCGCGUGCGGCUGAAGGUCCUGGAUGUCCUGGAACUCUGUGUGGUCGUGCUGAAUCCUCAUGAGAACCUCCUCCUCCCAUUGGCUCAUCGCGCGUGGCCCGCUCUCGUCAACCGCCUGACAAAUGAUGACCCCCUGGCCAUACUCCGAGCCUUCAAGGUGCUGCGUACUUUGGGCGCCCACAGCGGUGACUUCCUGAGGCAGCGAUUCUCCAAGGACGUCUUGCCCAAGUUGGCCGGCUCCCUCGUCGCUCAGGCGCCGGUCAGCGCCCGCGCCGGGCCCGUCUACAGCCACACCCUCGCCUUCAAGCUGCAGCUGGCUGUGCUUCAGGGCCUGGGAUCUCUCUGCAAGACCCUGGACCUCGGGGAGAGCGACCUGAAUAAAGUGGUGGAUGCCUGCCUGCUCUACCUCAGCGCCAAGCAGCCAGUGAAAUUGCAAGAAGCUGCCUGCAGCGUUUUCCUCCACCUGAUGCAGAUGGACCCAGAUGCCCUUUGGCUUUUGCUCAGCGACGUCUGGUGCCCCCAGUCCUACGAGCCCCCCCACCCCAGCCUGAAGCCCGUGAAGCUGGGUGGGGUAGAGAGGAAGAGGAACGAGUUCUCGGACAAUGUGAGUCACCUCCUGGAUGCUCUGCACGGGAGAGAGGGGGCCGGACCCUGACGGGCACCCUUGAGCCCUGUUCCACCCCGUGCCCAGGGAGAGCCCGCGGGCUCCGGGCAGGACGCAGAAGGGGACGGCCAGGCGAGCGGAGCCAUGCUGCUGGAUCGUAUCCUCAGGAGGAGGGUGAGGAUCGGAUGGGGAGCCUCCGAGCUUGGGAUCCCCACGCCUUCCCCGGAUGAUGACUGCUUGGCAUCUCUGCCCGAGGGACACUUGACUUCCUGCUGGCCCAGUUCUUCUGUGCAGUUUUGCAGCUCUCCUGGCUUGGACUGACCAGUGGAGGAAGCAGAGAGCGCUUCUCUUUGUGCCUCGGCUGCUGGGUUCCAGAGGGUGGGUAGACAGACGGACCCCACGCACACACACACACAGCGUUACAACUGAGCACCCACCUGCUCGGCCCAUGCACAUGCGCUGCUUGUUCCCUCGAGCAAAGGAGGGAGCGCGCACCACCCGCUCCCCACCACGUCCCUCAGCUCCAGGGACCUCAGAGGCCCCUCUUUGACGAAGCUGGGAGGGCUGAGAAAAGCGGUGAGGGUGUGUGUGGGGGGGCCUGGGUGCUUUAAGCGGCGAGGCAAAACCAUUUCCUGAGCAGCUUUCAAGAGAAAGAUGAGCCCAGGAGCAAAGAGUAAUCUGCUUCUGAGGAGCUGAUCUGCAGAAAACUUUGCCACCUGCCUGUCGCUCCUCUGCCAUCCAUCUGUGGAAAUCCGGUGCCCCAUUCAUCUCGUCGCCUGGCGGAAUCAUUCCAGCAGCACCGUUUCACCCACCCACCUCGCGCACACGCCGCAGAAGUGGGAUGAGAUGCUGUCUAAGGAGGUGGCUGUUCUCGAGAAGGUGCUUGGGUUUUUCUUCUGGGAUUGCACGUCUCCAGGAGUCGCUGCCCUGGGUGUACUGGUAGCAGCCUGUGGUGGUGGGUGAGCUGGAAGAGGGCCUCGUGCUGCCAUGGGCCGCCUUUUACCCAAGGGCUUUUUUGGUGCCAGUUCUGUGUUGCUCUCUGACCCCCACCUUCAAUAAAAACUGCAGCAGCAAUGCUUGGCAGGGAUGAGAUAAAGAAGAGUCAGAGCAGCAGGAAUGCCUAGUGAGACUAGCCUUCCCCAAACUGGUGCCUUCCAGAUGUGUUGGACUAUGUGUUGGGCGGGAAUUAUGGGAGUUGCAGCCCAACACAUCUGGAGAACUCCAGGUUGGGGGAAGCUGAUUUAGACCCUCAACGAAGGCAGGAAGUGGGACUGGUAGAAUAGCAACGGAGCGGUGAUGGAGGCACGUGGCCUUCCCCCCCCCCAAAAAAAAAACUACCAGGUUUGGUUUCUGGGUCCUUCCGGCCUCCCUCUUGCUGGCUUCUUGGGUGCGUGGCCCAUUAAUGGCGUCAGCAUAAAAGGUGAGGCUUGUACACAUCACAUCUAUUGAUUACAGAGCAAGGUUUACGGCGCUACAGAUGAAGCUACUGUCAGCGGAAGGCAGCUUUUUCCUGGUGUCAUUUGUUAGGGAAUAAAAGAGAGAUUAAAGCAUCAAA